GCUUCCACGAAAUUUCCUCCCCUCCUUCCUCCGUGAAGAACAACAACAAAAAGCCGAAGAAGAAAGAACGGAAAUAUGUACUUCCACUACUCCUCCUUUUGAUAAUCAGAGCCGAAGUUCCUGGGGGCGGAGCUUGAAGGUUUCCGCAGCAUAUGAAGAAGUUGUUUUCUUUUAACUUUGUUUCGGGAUUGAUUCUUGGUUUCUUGAUACAAGGUUCACAAUAGCCAUGAAUUAUUCACAGGACAAGUUCGUAAGGUUUCGGGACUGGAAUUCAGAGAAAAGCUCUGAGGUGCUGUAUUCUACAAAUGAUGGGGCAAAUUCAUGGAAAUUUCAAUCAGCCAUAAAUUCAAUUUCAGAGUGUUUCCAGAGAGGUCUGGAGUCUGGUUCUGAGAGGAUUAGAGGGGUUGGAAAGUCACUGAAAUCUUAUUCAUUUAAAACUACUGUGGCUAAAGGGUUUGAUUCUAGCAAGAAAGUCCUUGACCCACAGGGGCCUUUCCUUCAAAAGUGGAAUAAGAUAUUUGUGCUCUCAUGCAUAAUAGCAGUCUCUCUUGAUCCUCUAUUCUUUUAUGUGCCGGUGAUUAAUCGUAGUAAUGAUGGUAAUAAUAAUUGCCUUGGAUUGGACCACAAGAUGGAGAUUACAGCAAAUGUUCUGCGUUCAUUCACAGAUAUCUUUUACAUACUCCACAUUAUUUUUCAAUUUCGUACUGGUUUCAUUGCACCCUCUUCUCGAGUAUUUGGAAGAGGAGUUUUAGUUGAAGAUGGAUGGGAAAUAGCGAAGAGGUAUCUGUCAUCGUGUUUUUUAAUCGACAUUCUUGCAGUCCUUCCACUCCCACAGGUGGUGAUCUUAAUUAUCAUUCCAAAAAUGAGAGACGCAAGACCUUUGAAUACAAAGAAUUUGUUGAAAUUUGUUGUUAUCUUCCAAUAUGUACCAAGAUUUAUGCGGAUAUAUCCUUUGUAUAAGGAAGUUACAAGAACUUCUGGUAUACUAACUGAAACGGCAUGGGCUGGAGCUGCAUUCAACCUCCUCCUUUACAUGCUUGCAAGCCAUGUUGCUGGAGCCUUUUGGUACUUGUUUUCCAUUGAAAGGGAAACCACAUGCUGGAAAACAGCCUGUCAAAAAAAUAUUACUGGCUGCAGCAUCAAAUCAUUUUAUUGUGAUAAAAUCCCUAAGCACCACCCAUCUGUGAAUGAGUUUUGCCCCAUACAACCAGAAAAUGCAACAGUAUUCGACUUUGGGAUAUUCCUUAAUGCUCUUCAGUUGGGUGUUGUGAAUUCGACAGAUUUCCCACAGAAGUUCUUCUACUGUUUUUGGUGGGGUCUGCAAAAUCUGAGUUCUCUUGGUCAAAACCUCAAAACAAGUACCUAUGUGUGGGAAAUUUGCUUUGCUGUUUUGAUUUCGAUCUCUGGCUUGGUUUUAUUUUCUCUUCUCAUUGGAAACAUGCAGACAUAUUUGCAGUCCACAACUACUCGAUUGGAGGAGAUGAGAGUUAAAAGACGAGAUGCAGAGCAGUGGAUGUCCCACCGUUUGCUGCCAAGUGAUUUGAGGGACCGGAUCAGAAGAUACGAGCAAUACAAAUGGCAAGAAACCAGAGGAGUAGAUGAAGAGAAUUUGCUUUGUAAUCUUCCCAAGGACCUCAGAAGGGAUAUAAAACGUCACCUCUGCUUGGCUCUGCUCAUGAGGGUGCCAAUGUUUGAAAAAAUGGAUGAACAACUACUGGAUGCAAUGUGUGACCGUCUCAAGCCAGUGCUUUACACUGAAAAUAGCUACAUUGUUCGGGAAGGAGAUCCAGUUGAUGAGAUGCUCUUUAUCAUGCGAGGCAAGCUAUUGACCACAACGACCAAUGGUGGAAGAACCGGAUUCUUUAACUCUGAAUAUCUAAAGGCUGGUGACUUCUGUGGAGAAGAACUACUUACAUGGGCUCUAGACCCCCACUCUUCAUCUAACCUCCCUACUUCAACAAGAACCGUAGCAGCCCUUGCAGAAGUUGAAGCUUUUGCUUUAGUGGCUGAUGACCUGAAGUUUGUGGCCUGUCAGUUUCGCCGGCUUCACAGCAAGCAGCUUCGCCACACUUUCCGCUUUUACUCUCAGCAGUGGAGGACUUGGGCAGCUUGUUUCAUACAAGCUGCCUGGCGCCGCUAUAGCAAAAAGAAACUUGAAGAAUCUCUUAGACAACAGGAGAACAGAUUGCAAGAUGCAUUUGCCAAUUCUGGGGGAAAAGUACUGAGUUUCCGUGCCACGGUUUAUGCUUCACGUUUUGCUGCCAAUGCACUCCGUUCUAUAAGACGCAAUCGUGCUCUUAAAGCAAGAGUGCCGGAGAGAGUGUCACCUAUGCUGCUUCAGAAACCAUCGGAGCCUGAUUUUACAGCUGAAGAACGAUAGGCAACUACCAUCUUUCCUUGUUGCUCCAGGAAGCUGCGUAAAAGGUGCAACUUCGAAUGGCCCGUGGAACAUGAAAUGGUAGGAAGCCAUGGUACAAGGUCUGUAGAUCAUAUUGUAUAUGACAAUAUCUAUAUUUUUUAUGCUUAAAAUUAUUAGGAAGUUGUUAUCAUGUGUGUUUUAAUUUUUCCUCUUUUUUUUUAAUCAUUUUGAUGUAGGGAACUACUACCCUUGUAUAUGUACAAGAAAAUGUAGCAUUUGAUUAAAUUCCCUUCCAAACUUCUUAAUGUUGACUUUUGAAUGAAAUCGUUAAGAGCAU